CCCGGCGCCCAGGUCUGAGGGAAGGUCACUCUUGCCCAGGGUCACUCCUGCGCGUAGCCGAGAAUACUGGCCGGUGGGGCCCGCCACGCGGGGCUCGCGGUCCUUCCUGCGGGUCCGCCUGGCGGCCGCGGACGCGAGCGGUGGCGAGCUCUUCGUGGUGCGGCCGCCCGGCGACCCGGGCCGGGCGGCCGAGGGGCCGUCCGUCUUCAGGCCGUCCGCGGAGUGGCCCUGGGCCGCGCCCGCUGGUGCCCGCAGCGUCCGCGGGGUCCUCGUGCUCGAGGACCCGCAGGUGCCCUCGGGGUACACUCUCGCGGAUCUGCGCGCGGCCUGCAGCUGCGCCGAGGCCGGCUUCGUGGCGGGCACCCCGUGGCUGCAGCGCUGCCGGGCCCUGCGCGUGGAGGAGCACUGCCGCAGGGCGCACCUGGGGCUGUGGGGCUGGGUCCUGGGCCUGAAGCACUCCGUGCUCGCCGUGCACCUCCGGCAGCCCGCGGAGGCGGGCCACCGCGUGCUGCUCCUGGACAAGAACGCGGACACCGGGGUGUGGUGGCGGCGCGGCGGCACGCUGGAGCUCCGAGAGGAAACACAGCACAGGAGUGGUUCCAGGAGCUGCCGCGGGCGGGCCACAGCUUCCAGAUGGAUGCCACCGUCCAGGAGCUCUGGGGCGCCGUCGCCUCCACCGCCGCCUUCUCCGAGCCGCAGGAGGUGGCGAACUGCCAGCACUUCGUGCGGGAGGCCCUGGAGGCCCUUGAGAGGCGCGGCCUGAUACGCGUCCCGCCCUCCCUGGGGCCGCUCACCCUCAGGAACCAGUGGCUCGCCGAGCAGCUCCGCAGCUGGGGCCAUCUCGAGGAGUCCCUCAAGCCACCGCCGGGGAGGGCAGGUGGCGCGGCGGUGCUGGGGGCGCUCACCUGCGGAGGGGCCAAGGUCGACCUCGCGCGCCUGCUCUGCCCAUGGAUCAGCCGCUUCGCGCUGGUCCCCGCGCCCAUGGCCGGGCCGGUGCUGCUGCACUUCUUCCGGCUUAUCCUGACCAGUUGAACGACACUGAUUGAUAGUUGGAUGGUGUUGUGGAAGAAUUCGUGCUCGUGAGAACGGCUCGGGCAAGCCUAGCACUGGACGCGGCUCGAGUCUCUGGUUCUCUGUGG